ACAACAGCCCGAGGCUUUCAAAAUCAUCACUAGAGAACACCACGAUCAAAGCUCUUCGACACUAUUCUCCUUUAAGCCCCUUUCUAGACCUCAAACUUUUGCUUACAACAUCCGUUUCGCCUCUCAAGAUGAUGCGCUUCGUUGAACUUAUUCUUGUCACCCUCCUCAUGAGACACGGUCUCGCUCUGCCGACCAGAUAUCAGAUAGGCGGAAACUCGUUGGCCAAGGAGAUCGACCCGCUCAUCGCCGCGGGUAGAACGGCGCCCUUUAACCCGAACUGGAACUAUUGUCAGACAAAAUGCAAUUGCGCAAAAAGAUUCAACAAGUCCACGCAGAGAGACGAGUUCUUCCAGUGCAUCACAGACCCCAACUGUGAACAGUGUGAGAGGAACGGCAUGAACCCUCCCCAAGCAUGA